AUGAUAUUGGAUCAUCAAUUGACACCCACCACAACUCCUCUGUGCGGAUUCACAGGAGAUAGCACCACUCCAAGGGGAAAGAUAACGCUUGCAGUGGAGAUGGGAGAGUCUCCCCAAACUACAAUGAACUUCAUGGAGUUCCUCAUUGUCGACAGUCAAUCGGCUUACCAUGGAGUAUUAGGUAGGCCAGCCCUAAAGGAAUUGGGAGCAGUCAUCUCCAUCCAACACCUAUGCAUAAAAUUCCCGACGAAAAAUGGGGUAGUAAUGGUGAGAGGUGACCAAAGAGGGUCAAGAGAGUGUUAUCUAAGCUCCAUCAAAAAGGUAGAGCCCCGGGACGUCCACGUAAUCAUAGCCGAUAUACUCAUGGUUGAUGUCCCAGGUGAUGCUCCCACUGAACCAGAAGAUAUCGAUAUGAUAGAUGCACCACCCAAUCUGGAGGUCUUGGUCAUUGAUGAGAUCGAUCCUCGCAUAAUUGAACACGAACCUCAAGCAUCCCCAGUCGAGGAACUUGAGAACUUCUCGGUGGACACCCGAGACCCAUCUAAGAUGCUGAGAGUAGACAUAGACCCCAAGGUCAGUUGUCACCAUCUGAAGGUCGAUCCUAAGAUUGCCCCACAUAGACAAAAAAGGAGAGCCCUCAAUCCUGAAAGGAAAGCUACCUAUCCGAGGUGGGUCUCCAACUCGGUUUUGGUAAAGAAACACAAUGGCAAGUGGAGGGUGUGCAUCGAUUUCACCAACCUCAACAGAGCUUGUUCGAAAGACAGUUUUCCUCUCCCAAUGAUUGACCAACUAGUAAACUCCACGACUGGGUACGAUUUGUUGAGUUUCAUGGAUGCAUACUUCGGCUACAACGAAAUACCCAUGCUCCCGGCUGAUGAGGAGUACACUUCUUUCAUCACAGAUUGA